CGUACGGAUGAGCUCGGCCGCUCGUCUUCGGGCUCCGCGUUCUCGCCCUACGCCGGCUCCACCGCCUUCACGGCGCCCUCGCCGGGCUACAACUCGCACCUCCAGUACGGCGCCGACCCCGCGGCAGCCGCCGCCGCCGCCUUCUCCUCGUACGUGGGCUCUCCCUACGACCACGCACCCGGCAUGGCGGGCUCCUUGGGGUACCACCCGUACGCGGCGCCCCUGGGCUCGUACCCGUACGGGGACCCCGCGUACCGGAAGAACGCGACGAGGGACGCCACCGCCACGCUCAAGGCCUGGCUCAACGAGCACCGCAAGAACCCCUACCCCACCAAGGGCGAGAAGAUCAUGCUGGCCAUCAUCACCAAGAUGACCCUCACCCAAGUGUCCACCUGGUUCGCCAACGCGCGCCGGCGCCUCAAGAAGGAGAACAAGAUGACGUGGACGCCGCGGAACCGCAGCGAGGACGAGGAGGAGGAGGAGAACAUUGACCUGGAGAAGAACGACGAGGACGAGCCCCAGAAGCCCGCGGACAAGGGCGACGCCGAGGGCCCCGAAGCAGGCGGAGCGGAGCCGAAGGCGGCUUCGGGCUGCGAGCGGUGGUCUCUGGCAGAGAUCGCCACAUCCUCGGACAAGGUCAAGGACGGGGGCGGCGGGAGCGAGGGCUCUCCCUGCCCCCCGUGCCCUGGGCCCAUGGCCGGCCAAGCCCUGGGAGGCAGCCGCGCCUCACCGGCCCCGGCGCCGUCGCGCUCGCCCUCGGCGCAGUGUCAUUUUCCGGGCGGGACGGUGCUGUCCCGACCCCUCUACUACACCGCGCCCUUCUAUCCCGGCUACACGAACUAUGGCUCCUUCGGACACCUUCAUGGCCACCCGGGUCCUGGCCCAGGCGCCACAACCGGUCCGGGCUCUCAUUUCAAUGGAUUAAACCAGACCGUGUUGAAUCGAGCGGACGCUUUGGCUAAAGACCCGAAAAUGUUGCGGAGCCAGUCCCAGCUAGACCUGUGCAAAGACUCUCCCUAUGAACUGAAGAAAGGUAUGUCCGACAUUUAACGCGGGCUGCGUCGGUCCCGGACUUUUCUAAUUUAUUAAAAACAUGGCCUUGGCAGUUAUUUUUCCAUCACCGAGA